AUGGAGAGCAAGUACUUCUACUUCGACCUCGACUAUUAUGGGGUAGGCUUCUAUGAGGAAGAAAUAAAGACCGAAUCUCAGCAGAAGGCAACAUCCCGUAGAUGCUUCCGAAGAGGUGGAGGAGUCUUGCAUGAGCUGGGUGGUAAAGACCACACGAACCCCAAAUAUGGCCACUACUAUAACCGUGAAACGAACCAAAUGCAAGGCAGCCUCAGUGAGCCCGGAUGGAGAAGUAUGGAGGGGCCUGGGAAAGCAGCUGGAGGAGUUUCUCAUCCCCCCACCAAGAAGCAUACAAAGCACCACAAGUUCACCUACGGGCAAGUUUGUGAACUGGACAGGGUUUUCCAAGAAACCCAGUAUCCUGAUGCACUCCGAAGAAAAGCACUAGCCGAGCUCAUUAAUGUGGAUGAAUGCAAGGUGAAGGCUUGGUUUAAAAAUCAGAGGGCUAAAUUCAGGAAAAGACAGACAGAAUUACUACUCAGCAGUGGCACAUCUGAUAUCCUGACCAACUUUUCCCCCAAGAUGGAUGAAGAUUCUGACAGCUCCUUUGAUCCUGAGGAACCAAAAGGGUUCCUUUUGUGCCAGCAGCAUCUUGGCCAAUCCUGCUGGUGA